CUUGACUAGUGACUGGCCGCUGCCCAUUGUCAAUGUGACUUGUUCUUUCUUGCUCACUGCCACAGCAAACAAAGUGCAAGCCAUUAUCCUCCCCUCUACAGGGCCUUUUGUUUUAGGGUCUAUUUCAUACGCGUAAAAAUGGCAGAUCGAGGACGUGGUGCAGCUCGUGGAAGCCGCGGCGGGCCCGGUGGUAACUCAAGAGGUCGUGGCCAUGGCCCUUCAUCGUCUCAAGCAUCAGGAGACAAACCACGGCGGGAGGCCAUCCUUGACCUUUCCAAGUACGUGAAUGAACGUAUUAGGGUAAAAUUCACUGGUGGACGGGAAGUCACCGGUGUGCUCAAGGGCUACGACCAAUUGCUGAAUCUCGUGUUAGAUGAUGUCGAGGAGGACGUGGAACUGCCUCAGCCCCGAAAACGCUCAUUGGGACUUGCCGUUCUUCGUGGACCUACAAUAAUUCUCCUAAGUCCCGUGGAUGGUUCAGAAGAGAUUGCUAAUCCAUUUUUGACACAAGAAUAACGGACAAUUAGAACUAAUUUCAUGGAAAGGUUGUUGCAGUUACUGAGGUAUAUAUAGUCAGUCUAACAUGUGCAUUAUAUUCAGUAAAAUGGACAUCUGUUCCUUCAAUGUUAUCAUGAAUCUACCUCAUCGCGAUCAAUAGA